AUGCGCAUCGCCAUCUCGGCCAAGACCCGAACAAGACCUGACCGGCCUGCAUCAAUCGACAACUGCCGCUGCAGUCGCAAUCAGUCCAUCGCGGUUGGUCUCCUCCCAACAUUGAAACUAACGGUGCGCCAGGCGCCUUCAAGCACAGCCAUCCGGUCGUGUCUGCACUCUUCGGGCCUUCCCCCCUUCGCCCGCCGUAUAUCCUGCUGCACAUAUCGCAAGGCACACCACUGUGCUAUGCUGCCCGUCAGCAAUUCAAGCCGCCCGACCGACAGACUCACCCACUCACAUACGCAGACGAGAUCGGUGGAUGGGUUCUCAGACAACCGCAUGAGCGUCUCCCAUCCGUCUGUUGUUUCGAUGCUCCAAUGCACGGAACUACCCUGCUCUCACGCCGCAGACAGGACAUGCGCCGUGCAGCCUCGCACUGCCAUCCCGGUCUCUUCUGACUCUGCUGUCGAGUCUCUUCAGGGUCUCUUGCGCCCACACACCGCUAUCAAGGACGACGCUCACCCUGCAACUGUCGCUGUCAGUCUGUCCGGGCACACGGCUACCGACCGCCCGUUGAAGGGCAUAGCCGCGGAUCAAGUCCCGCCUCCAGAAAGGCGAGCGGAAUCCACUCCGAACGAAGGACGUCCCGAGCAAAUGUUCUCACCCUUCAGGAUGCGCUGCAAUGUGCUUCAGAUUACCUAUUGUGCCUGUGCUGGAUUGUGGGAUGGGCUGUCGAUGCCAAACAUGGCGCUCGUCCUUGUUUCUUCCCGUGUACAUAUCCUGCAAAAGAGAAUUACCUAUGCAAGUCCAGUAUCGCAGCUGGCCACCUCAGCCCCAGGCUUGGAGGCUUCAACGGUGCGUCUCACUCUCGGCCUGGGCGGUCCGGGCUGGGGCGGUGGUGCGAGCUGCUCGGAGCGAGAGGCGUUUUCGGUGGCUUGA